AUGUAUUUCAACUAUUUUCGCAUCGAUAAAAAUAAUCCCAAGAUAUUGAGACACAAAGCAACUGAAGCAGCGAAUAAUAUAUGUAGUACGAUGGAUCUCGGUGUCCUGACCAUCCGCACGGCACAACAUUGGUUUGAUCGAUUUCGUAAUGAGAAUUACGAACUUGAUGAUCAAUCCAGGUGUGGAAGGCCCAUCGAAGUCGAUAUCGAUCUUUUGAAGCAGCAGAUCGAACAAGAUCCGCGACUGACGACACGUGUUUUAGCAGCGCUGCUCGGGUGCUCCCAUAUCACGGUAGAAAAACAGUUGGCUGAUCUUGGCAAGAACUGGAAAUAUGGGGUAUGGAUUUAA